GGCACUGGUGGGUGGCACUGGUGGGCACAGGUGGGUGGCACUGGUGGGCACAGGUGGGUGGGCACAGGUGGGUGGCACUACUGGGCACAGGUAGGUGGCACUUCUGGGCACAGGUGGGUGCACUGCUGGGCACAGGUGGGUGCACUGCUGGGCACAGGUGGGCGGAACUUGUGGGUGGCACUGCUGGGCACCGAUCAUCAGGGCACUGAUAAUCGGUGCCCUGAUGAUCGGUGCCGAUCCCCGCUCUGACAACUGCCGGUUCUCGGCAGUACUUUCUUCACGAUCUGACAGCGUGAGGAAAGUGCAGUCGAGAACCGGCAAUUGCAU